CGACGCAGGCGCACUGCACCGCGCCGCCGCCAUUUUGUGUCCGAGCCUGUGGAGCGAUUAAACCGUGCGCGGAGCUGCUUCUUUGGCGGCAGCGGCGGCGGCGGCAGCCCGUGCGGGUGCGCGGAGCUGGCUAGGGACGCCGGGUGGCCGGAGCGGUGGAGCGGCGGCGGAGCGAGCGCUGCGGGGGGUGUGGCGCGGAGAAUGGUAGCAGACCUGGGGCCAAAGAACAAGAUGCAGUAGUGGACAGAUUGCUGACCAGGGGAUUGAGAACUGAGUUCUGUUUUCCCUCCUCAAACUGACUUUGCAACCACGGAGAGGAAGGGGAAAUGGAAGGUGAGGCGGUUGAAGCCAUUGUGGAAGAGUCUGAAACUUUCAUUAAAGGAAAGGAGAGAAAGACUUACCAGAGACGCCGGGAAGGGGGCCAGGAAGAGGACACUUGCCAUCUACCCCAGAACCAGACUGAUGGGGGUGAGGUGGUCCAGGAUGUCAAUAGCAGUGUACAGAUGGUAAUGAUGGAACAGCUGGAUCCUACCCUUCUUCAGAUGAAGACUGAAGUAAUGGAGGGUGCAGUUGCACCAGAAACAGAGGCUGCUGUGGACGAUACCCAGAUUAUAACCUUGCAGGUUGUAAAUAUGGAGGAACAGCCUAUAAACAUAGGAGAGCUGCAGCUUGUGCAAGUACCCGUUCCUGUGACUGUACCUGUUGCUACCACUUCAGUAGAAGAACUUCAGGGGGCUUAUGAGAAUGAAGUGUCUAAAGAGGGCCUUGCAGAAAGUGAACCCAUGAUAUGUCACACCUUGCCUUUGCCUGAAGGGUUUCAAGUGGUAAAAGUGGGGGCCAAUGGAGAGGUGGAGACACUAGAACAAGGGGAACUUCCACCUCAGGAAGAUCCUAGUUGGCAAAAAGACCCAGACUAUCAGCCACCAGCCAAAAAAACAAAGAAAACCAAAAAGAGCAAACUGCGUUACACAGAGGAGGGCAAAGAUGUGGAUGUAUCUGUCUACGAUUUUGAAGAAGAACAACAGGAGGGCCUACUGUCAGAGGUUAAUGCAGAGAAAGUGGUUGGUAACAUGAAGCCUCCAAAACCAACAAAAAUUAAAAAGAAAGGUGUAAAGAAGACAUUCCAGUGUGAGCUUUGCAGUUACACAUGUCCACGGCGUUCAAAUUUGGAUCGGCACAUGAAAAGUCACACUGAUGAGAGACCACACAAGUGCCAUCUCUGUGGCAGGGCAUUCAGAACAGUCACCCUUCUGAGGAAUCACCUAAACACACACACAGGUACUCGUCCUCACAAGUGCCCAGACUGCGACAUGGCCUUUGUUACUAGUGGAGAAUUGGUGCGGCAUCGUCGUUACAAACACACCCAUGAGAAGCCAUUUAAGUGUUCCAUGUGCGAUUAUGCCAGUGUAGAAGUUAGCAAAUUAAAACGUCAUAUUCGCUCUCACACUGGAGAGCGUCCUUUCCAGUGCAGCUUGUGCAGUUAUGCCAGCAGGGACACAUAUAAGCUGAAAAGGCACAUGAGAACUCAUUCAGGGGAAAAACCUUACGAAUGUUAUAUUUGUCAUGCACGAUUUACCCAAAGUGGUACCAUGAAGAUGCACAUUUUACAGAAGCACACAGAAAAUGUGGCCAAAUUUCACUGUCCCCACUGUGACACUGUCAUAGCCCGAAAAAGUGAUUUGGGUGUCCACUUGCGAAAGCAGCAUUCCUACAUUGAGCAGGGCAAGAAAUGCCGAUACUGCGAUGCUGUGUUUCAUGAACGCUAUGCCCUCAUCCAGCACCAGAAGUCACACAAGAAUGAGAAGCGCUUUAAGUGUGAUCAGUGUGAUUAUGCCUGCAGACAGGAGAGGCACAUGAUCAUGCACAAGCGCACCCACACAGGGGAGAAGCCUUAUGCCUGCAGCCACUGCGACAAGACCUUCCGCCAGAAACAGCUCCUCGACAUGCACUUCAAACGCUAUCACGAUCCCAACUUUGUCCCUGCGGCCUUCGUCUGUUCUAAAUGUGGGAAAACAUUUACACGCCGGAAUACCAUGGCAAGACAUGCUGAUAAUUGUGCUGGUCCAGAUGGUGUAGAAGGGGAAAAUGGAGGAGAAACAAAGAAGAGUAAACGUGGAAGAAAAAGAAAGAUGCGCUCUAAAAAGGAAGACUCCUCUGACAGUGAAAAUGCUGAGCCAGACCUGGAUGACAAUGAGGAUGAGGAGGAGCCUGCAGUGGAAAUUGAACCAGAGCCAGAGCCUCAGCCUGUGACCCCAGCCCCACCACCCGCUAAAAAGCGGAGAGGACGCCCCCCUGGCAGAACCAACCAGCCCAAACAGACCCAGCCAACAGCCAUCAUUCAGGUUGAAGACCAGAAUACAGGUGCAAUUGAGAACAUUAUAGUUGAAGUCAAAAAAGAGCCAGAUGCAGAACCUGCAGAGGGGGAAGAAGAGGAGGCCCAGCCAGCUGCCACAGAUGCCCCCAACGGAGACCUCACGCCUGAGAUGAUCCUCAGCAUGAUGGACCGGUGAUGGCGGGGCCUCACUCAUUGCCAGGACUGCUCUGGGCUGUGUUUAAACGGCCCGCAUCUUAAUUUUUCUCCCUUUCUUCUUUUGGCUUUGGGAAAAGCAUCAUUUUACCAAACAUACUGAGAGCUAAAACUUCAAGGAUGAUGUUAGAAAAAUGUGAUUUAACUAGAACUUGCUGUUUGAUGUUAGCAAAUCAUGGAGUGUUCUGAGUCCCUGAGGGUUUACUGUGAAGUGCUGAGGACAGUGUUGACGCCUAACUGGUUUUCUUGGAUGGAAACACAGACAUUGAACCCUCUCUCUUGCUAUGGUAAACCACUCCAGAAACCACCACCGGGUUUCCCAGAGUUCUAUGGUCUUCUUCCCAGGAGUUUUUAAUUGUAAAUGCGGACUUGGGAAAGACUUAGACUUUUAAACUGGUUUUUGCUUUUGCUUUUCCCUGACUCCCUUUGCUUGGAGUCAGCUGCACACCAGUAGUACGGCAUGCUACGGUCAGUUUCUGUCCUAAAGGCUUUGCCUCUUUCUUGGCAAAGUUUCUGGUAUGGUCAAGCUUGUAAAUAACUUUUUUUACAUUUUAAUCUUUUCCAUUAAUUAAGAGGUUGAAAAGAAGUGCAGUGUAAGAAAACCCAGCAUUUUAAUUACUUGCAAAUUAAGUUACCACAGACUAUAAUAUAUAAAUGUUGACAAGGAAUUGGAUCACAAUCAUGUAGCAGAACGGCACCCAGACUGCUGCCUGCUAGUGACAGACAUCCACUUGGAAGAUCGUGAUUUCCAGCCCGUGGAGCCAGCAUUUGAACCUUGUACAAUUAACUUUGAGUUAUGAUUUCCCAUCUACAUCUUCUUUGCUUUGUUUCUAGCUGAAUUUUGUGUUUUAUAAAUCCUCUAUUAAAGCAGAAGGGUGAUUAUGAGUGGGUCACAGCAGCCCUUAAAAGCUGGGCCAGAAAAUUUCACUAGGUCAGUAAUUUAAACUUUGGAUCUUCAAAAAAUAAUAAUGUGAAGCAAAACCAACUAAAGUGAUUCUUGCACAUGAACUGUCACAUGUUAAAAAUGUGUUUUUUAGAGAGCCUCAGUCUUGCUGAUUUCAGACACUUUUUUCUUCUGUGUAUUGCUUUUAAGAGAGCCAUCAGUUAGCUAUCAGACUUUAGGUUGAUGCAUUUUGUACUUAGCUGUACUGUGUGAUAUUUUUCAUUAUUUUAGGACGCCAACACGAGACCUGUAAUAAAAUAUGUAAUGGGGUUGAAAGCUGGGGAGGAGGAUCUACUGCUGUACAGCUAAUAAAUCAUAACGGAUUAACAAGUGCUCCAUA